AUGGCGGCACAGGAGGAGGCGAAGGCGGCGGCGACACGGCGUCGGAGGAGGGACCACCCACUGCUGCGGUGGUGCAGACGCGAGAGGUACACGCACGGGCUGCACCCGGCGCAGAUGGAAGCGCUCCGCGCCAUGUGCGGCGCGCUCAUCCCGUCCCUGCCGGUGACCGAACGGCUCCACGGCGACAGCGACGACGGCGGCCGCAAGGACCUUGAGCGGUUCUACCUCGCCUCUGCAGCCGACGGUACCAUCCCCGAAGAGGUCGCGGAGCUGGUCACUCGAUGCGUUUGGGAGGCGGUGGUGCUGGUGAACGUCGUGCUCUGGAUCCUGAGCACCAAGGUGGGCACGCUGGCUCUCUGUGGGCGACUCUGCAUCUCCGGCAAGUUCCCCUACGUCCGCAAGUUCGCCGACAUGCCAGUGGAGCGGCGAGAGGAAGCGUUGUCGCAGUGGAGCAAGGCGCGGUGUCUGUUCCCCCUCAAAAUCACCUUCGUCGUCAUCAAGAUCCUCUCGCACUACGCAUUCUACACGACGAUAAAUGAGAACUCCGACGACAACCCAAGCUGGAAAGCAAUAGGAUACAGUGUACCACACGUGGAAGAAACACGGGAAGAUCAAACGGAAGCAGCACCGUCGCCGCGGCCUCUGCACAAUGGCAUCGUGGAGACCAAAGCGCUGGACGACACUGCACUACGGACGUCACUCAUGGACAAAGGGCUCGAGGUGAAACCGGACGCGCCUGCUAGCGCGUACCACACGGUGCAAUGCGACGUCGUCAUCGUCGGCUCAGGCUGCGGGGGCGGUGUGGCCGCAGCGGUGCUCGCGUCCGCGGGGCACAAGGUCGUCGUCAUCGAGAAGGGGGACUAUUUCACCGCCGAGGACUACAGCUCCGUCGAGGGCCCGUCCAUGGAGCGGCUCUAUGAGAAGGGAGGCAUCUUCUGCACGACCAACGUGACGACCAUCUUGUUCACGGGCACGACUGUCGGCGGCGGUUCGGCGAUUAACUGGUCGGCAAGCAUCCGCACGCCGGAGGAGGUCAGACAGGAGUGGGCGCGCGAGCACAGCCUCCCCGUGUUCGCGAGCCCUGGUUACGUGCAGGCGAUGGACGCGGUGUGCGCCCGGCUCGCGGUGACCGACGGGUGCCGGGACGAGGGGUUCCAGAACAAGGUUGUGCGCCGUGGCUGCAAGGCGCUCGGGCUACGUGGCGACGCCGUGGCGCGCAACUCGUCGGAGGGCCACUUCUGCGGUAGCUGCCACCUGGGCUGCCCCACCGGCGAGAAGCGUGGCACCGACACGACGUGGCUCGUCGACGCCGUCGCGCGCGGCGCGGUCAUACUGACAGGCUGCAAGGCCGAGCGUUUUGUACUCGAGAGCAACCCCGGCGGCGAGAACGGCCGGAGCAAGAAGUGCGUGGGCCUGGUGGCGGCGUGCAUGAGCGACGGCAUCACCAAGAAGUUGCGCAUAGAGGCCAAGGUUUCCAUCUCGGCGUGUGGCGCGCUCAUGACGCCGCCUCUCCUCCGCAACAGCGGGCUCAAGAACAGGCACAUCGGCCGCAACCUGCACCUGCAUCCGGUGUUCAUGGCGUGGGGCUACUUCCCGGAGAACAAACAGCAGCCGCAGCUUAUUACCGGCAAGUGCUUCGAGGGCGGCAUCAUCACCAGCAUGCACCGCGUCACCGAACGCACCAUCAUCGAGACGCCGGCGCUAGGGCCAGGUUGCUUCGCCUCACUGAUGCCAUGGGAGUCGGGACGCGACAUGAAGGAACGCAUGCGCCGGUACGCGCGCACCGCGCACGCGUUCGCGCUGGUCCGUGACCGCGGCGCGGGGACCGUGGAUGGCGAGGGCCGCGUGUGCUACACGCCGAACCGGGCCGACGUCGAAGAGCUCCGCAACGGCCUGCGCCGAGCGCUGCGUAUCCUGGUGGCCGCGGGCGCGGCCGAGGUCGGCACCCACCGCAGCGACGGGUUCCGGCUUCGGUGCAACGGCGGCGUGCGAGAUGACGAGCUGGAGGCGUUCCUUGACGAGAUGGGCAGCUGCCGGAUGGGGUCCAGCCCGAAGGACGGCGCCGUGGAUGGCCGCGGCGAGAGCUGGGAGGCCGAGGGGCUGUACGUGUGCGACGGCAGCCUGCUGCCCACGGCGGUGGGCGUCAACCCCAUGAUCACCAUACAGUCCAUCGCGUACUGCCUGACAAAGGGCAUCGCCGAGACCCUGGCGCACGGCAAGGCCAAGGGACAGUAG